GAAGCAAUCAAGGGGACAUAAUUUGAAUUGAGCAAUUCAUAAAAAUUGACACAUGGUUACAGUUGAAGAUAACCUUUAUAAGUAAAACAGGGAAAGCUUGUAAGACAGUCUGUGACAUUAACUAUUUUUGGGUUUCCCUUAUGUUUUCGUCAAAAUCAUGACAUCAACAAGUUUUCAAAAGAAAACCAAAGCAAAAAUACUUCAAAUACCAGGAGCAAAACCAUCCUUGUACAACAACCAGUUGCUGAUUUCAACAGGCAUUCCUUCUUUAGAUAAUAUAAUAGGUGGAGGAGUUGCAGUGGGAACAGUCUUUUUACUGGAGGAAGAUGUGUAUGGUAACUAUGGCAGGUUAAUGUUAAAGUAUUUCUGUUCUGAAGCUGUGAUGACAGGACAUAGUUUGCAUUUAACAAGUGCAGAUAGAGACCCUCAGCAAAUUCUUAAGGAGUUACCUGCUCCUAUCAUUGAUGAUCCAGGACCACCACCAGAGGACACAUCCAACCAAUCAGAUGAACAAAUGAAAAUAGCAUGGAGAUAUCAACAUCUUCCAAAAUACCAGUCGAACCCAACAUCUAUAAAGUUUGGACAUUAUUAUGAUUUAACAAAGACCAUGGACCCUGAGUUGACAAACAGCAUAGAUCAUUCUACAAUCUCUCAAACAGAUUUGUGUACAUGUUCUUCACCAUCAACAUUUAUGAAUGAAAACUAUGCUCUGCUGCUGGAGAAAAUAAAACAAAAAAUAGACAAUGGCAAAUUUUCCACAACUACACAACAUGAUAAAAGAAAUAUUCUCAGAAUAGGUAUUCAUUCCCUUGGUUCACCACAAUGGAGAGAGAAUGGAGGAAUGAAGGGGGAAAACUUUGACUCCUCACUUCCUAGAUUUCUUUAUGGAUGUCGAGCUUUACUUAGAUCUGCCUUUGCUGUGAUGAUGAUAACAGUUCCAUCACAUUUAUUUCAUCCUGCAUUUGUUGGUAGACUAAGAAAAUUAUGUGAUACAGUAAUACAACUGGAAAGUUUUGCUGGUUCAGAAAAAAAUCCUGCUUGUAAAGAAUAUCAUGGAUUGUUGAAAAUUCAUCAGUUACCACGACUCAACUCAUUAUUAUGCCAUAUGCCAGACACAUUAGAUUUAGGUUUUAAACUCAGAAGGAAGAAAUUCACCAUAGAGAAACUUCACCUUCCUCCAGAGCUGUCAGAAACAGCCAGUAGACCCCAAGAAGAUCCAGUGUACAAAAAAUCUCCAGCAGGAUGUGGUUCCACAGGCAAAAGUAAAAUAGACUUCUGAAACUGUCAACAGGACUGGUGCUAUACCCACAUAGAUAAACAUGAAUAAGCUAUAAAGACAAAACUUGUUCCUUUGUGAUAUAAUUUAUUAUCUGGAAUGACAGUUUUAAAUAUUGUAGAAAAUCUAGCAACUCAUCACUAUCUUGGUUGAAGAGCUAGAAAUGGUAGUUAUCAGAUUAUUUUUAAGUGAACACAUUAUAUUCUCAUAACUUAAAAUGCAAAUAGAAGUAGAUAGGGUAUCGCAACAGUAACCAACAAUACAACAAUACCAAAACAGAAACACUACAAAAAACAAAGACCUGUGAUAAAGUUCCUGACUUGCAACAUGCACAUUAACCAGUUGAAAUAACUAAUUUUGAGAGUUCUCAGUACCCCCUUUUCACUAUGUAGUACAGAUCAGUAUACAAUUUUGUUAAUUGAUCUCUUUAAGAUAUUAGUAAAAGUACAUUUUUGAAGUAUUAGUUGUGUUCAAUGAUUUGUUGAGAUAAUAUAAGACAUCAUGACUGAAACUGUUUAGCUUGUUGAAAAUAAAGCAGUACAAAAUUAAA